GGAAUCAGUGAGAGCAGUACCUCUCCCUACUCAGCAAUCACUUGGAUCUGGAAUUAACAGAAGGCUACAAUGAUGGCUCAUCUCCUUGUCUUCACAUACAUAGCAGCUAAGAUUACUGUCGUAGAGUCAUCCACUGAAAGGCUGUACCCAGACGUUUGUCCGCUGGGUCAGUUUCCCUGUGGAAACCUGUCGGUGUGUUUGCCCCAGCCACGCCACUGCAAUGGCAUACAGGACUGUGCCAAUGGAGCAGAUGAGGAGAACUGUGUUGAUAACAGUGGAUGGCCUCACCUAUUUGAUGCUUUUCUGAAGACAAACAUUCAGGAGUCAAAGGAAUGCUUGUUGGAUGUAUUUCCAGUAACGUGCCACUGCAAGGGCAGGAGAGUGAACUGUAACAACAAAGACCUCUUGAAUGUGCCUGCUGUGUCUUAUAAUGUCACCGCUCUUGAGCUGAACAGUAAUCGGAUAUCUUCUCUUCCUUCUGACCUGUUCAUCAGAUACAAACAUCUGGAACGACUUCACUUGCAAAACAACAGCAUCAGAACCAUAUCUAUCCGAGCAUUUUCAGGGCUUUACAAACUAAAAAAACUAUUUCUCAGUCAGAACCGGAUUACCAGACUGAAGGCUGGUAUUUUCAGGGACCUUCGGAACCUAGAAUGGCUAAUUCUCGAUGAAAACAGGAUCACAUUAAUAAGACAGAUGUCAUUUGAAGGACUAAAAUCAUUAUUUUUUUUGUCCCUGCUGAAUAAUUCACUCAGGCACAUCCCUAGGAAAUCCUUCUGCUUGGAAAUGCCACGGUUAAACUGGCUGGAAAUGGAAGGCAACAGGAUCUCAUCUUUACAAGGCUCCAGCUUUCAAGAAUGUUCUACUCUGACUGUCCUAGCACUUCGAAGGAAUGAAAUACAAUCAAUUGAGGUGGGGACAUUUUCUGCAAUGCAGAGACUGAUAGACUUGGACUUGUCUCUGAACCGAAUUAAGGAGCUAUCCCCAUCCUUAUUCAGAAACCUACAAAAUCUCAAGCAGUUGAACAUCUCGAACAACCCAAUCGCUCACAUCUAUGAUGACCAGUUUGACAACUUUGUCAAUUUGCAGUCACUGGGAAUGGAGGACAUUGAGAUCCCAAAUAUCAGCAUCCGGAUGUUUCGUUCACUCCACAAUCUCUCCCAUAUAUAUUUUAAAAAGUUUGAAUACUGCGGAUAUUCUCCCAAUGUGCGGAGUUGCAAGCCUAACACAGACGGGAUCUCCUCUUUUGAGAACCUCCUGGCCAACAUAAUCCUUCGCGUCUUUGUGUGGGUGGUGGCCUUCAUUAUCUGCUUCGGCAACGUCUUUGUCAUCUGCCUCCGCUCCUGCAUCGUGUCUGAGAACCGACACCACACCAUGGCCAUCAAAUCACUGUGUUGUGCUGACUGCUUGAUGGGAGUCUAUCUGUUCUUCAUUGGCGCCUUUGACAUCAAGUACUGCGGAGAGUACAACAGGCACGCCCAGAUGUGGAUGGAAAGCCUUCAAUGUCAGCUGAUCGGCUGCCUAGCCAUGCUGUCCACGGAGGUGUCUGUCAUGCUGCUGACGUACAUGACGCUGGAGAAGUACCUGUGCAUCGUGUUUCCCUUCCAAAACUACCGGCCCGGGAGGAAACAGACCCUUUUCUUCCUCAUCUUUAUUUGGAUCUUGGGCUUCAUGAUUGCCAUCAUACCCUUCUGGGACAAGCAAACAUUUGGAAACUACUACGGAAGGAACGGUGUCUGUUUCCCACUCCACUCAGACUUGAUGGAGAAGCCGGGUGCCAGAAGAUACUCAACGGGAAUAUUUCUUGGUCUGAAUCUUUUUGCUUUCGUCAUGAUUGUCUUCUCCUACACCAGCAUGUUUUACUCAGUUAGGAAAACUUCCAAAACAGCGAGGCAAAGCAUUUUUGAUCGAGAGGUGACCAUAGCCAAGAGGUUUUUCUUCAUUGUCUUUACUGAUGCCAUGUGCUGGAUACCAAUAUUCCUGUUUAAGAUUCUGUCCCUGCUACAAGUGGAAAUCACAGGCACAAUCAUUUUGUGGGUUGUGAUCUUCAUCCUGCCUAUCAACAGUGCCCUGAACCCAAUCCUCUACACCAUCACCACCAGCUACUUCCAGGAACGCAUCAAACUCUGCCUGCAAAUGAAAUGGCAGAAAGUUGGGCUUAAAGAGACCCCACGGAGCAUCUCCACCAUCUACACACAGGCCAGCAGUCUCUAGUAAUGAGCCUCGUGGUCUGGCAGGGGCCACUAGUUGUCAGGUGGAAAAGAAGAAAUCAACGCCUUGCCUGAGGAAUCAGCUGGAGGGGACUCUUACACACAAACACUCUGUCCCUUCACCCCGAGCUCCCAAUGGGCGGUAUAGCCUUUACAAGACCGAGCCAUGCAGCCACAGUGCUGAAAGAAAUCCCUGCUGUCUGGUGAACAUUGGUGGCCACUUGGCGGGGAAAGGAGGACAAACAACCUGCUGUUUGCACAGGCCUUUGUCACGAACUGCCUCUCGUAGCAGAUUGAUCAAAUUUAGUGGUUUGGAAUAGCCUCUGCACCAAUAGCCGUGCAGUGCCGGUGUCCGCGCAACUGGUAACGCCCCCCCAAAUGUCACAGAUAAACAGGUGGAUCCCAUGAAGAGCACACCAGCACUGGCAGUCAUUUUGAGGAUAGGAAUGCAUUCCUGACAGAGUAAUUGGAAUCUUCAUUCAUCCUGGACUAGACUAGUGCCAGAAUACUUAUUGUACAUAGCUGUGCUUCUGGCCUGUAUGGUGAGUCAAAGGGAGCCAUUAAGAAGUGUCCGUGCCACUUCCCUUAAAGGUCCAGGAAACUGGAUUCAAAUUGUGGUUAUAUUCUCCAGAAGUGACAAUUGAUUGUCUUUUCACCUGAAUGCCUAGAUUUUCACUGACUUGCCAUGUGCUGGAUCUAAAUUAAUCACUUAGCAGCCUUGGGUUCAUUUUCAAAUUGUAGGCUUAUAUUAAAAUCACAAUGCACUUUGUUCUUAAGUCCUAAGACAGUUUUCAAACCAGGAUAUCUCACAUUCACUACAAGCUUAAAACAUGUCAAGAUAAACUACAGAGAGAAGGUGCCCUUUAGAUACCUACAGGCUUGCAUGAUGUAAUUACAUUUUAUUAUUAUUGUCAUUGUCAUUGUGUUCCUAAGGACCCAAGCAAUUUACUGUCUGCUUGAGAUGGAUAGCACUUCCUGGAGCCUCAACCAUUAAAGGGAAUCUAUUCAUUUCCAGUUAAUUCCCAAUGCAAGUAAUUACAGGCAAAUUAACAUUUUAAUCACUGCUCUCUAAUAUCAGUUCUCAAUCCGUAGGAGGAUGUCUCCCUGGUCUUUUCAGGUUCAGUAGUUGCUUGUUGGAUCUUGCUGACCUGCUCAUUUCUAAAGUGGAACCAAAGCCUUGUAUUUGUCUGAUAUUCAUCUGAAAAUAAGCCUUCUCUCAUUCAUCUUGCAUUCAUCUGAUUCAGAGCUGUUAUUAAAGGGGUCAUUACUCGCAUUUAUUAUUGAAUAACUAAUUUACUACGCUGUUGUAAAAAUCCUUGCACCAUGCUGAAAAAAAUGGCACCAUGCUGCAGAGCCCAGUGCAGUAGUAUCCUUUUAAAGUACUGUGAGACACACACGCAUUCAAGCCUCAUAUAUUGCAUUGUGAGCUGAUUAUAUUGCCAGAAUACCUGAAGCUCACGGCAGAUUAUUGUUUAUAUGGGGGAUGUGGGAGAAAAUAGGUAUACUGACAACACCUGGGUGUAUUUGGGAUGGGGAUGGGCUGAUGGGUUUUGGUACUUUAUUUGAAAGAAUCCCAUUCCUCUGAAGUUCAGUCAUAUAUUGUGUCAUCUGAUUGCAAUCAUUAGUACCUUGCACACUCAUUUUAUUGUGUAAUGGCUGUGGAUAAUGUAUAUACUUUACCUGUGACCACCAUCUGCUCUCCUCAUAUUCACCAACACAACCGUGUAAGAAUGUAUAAAUUAAAACAUGGAUGCAUUUUCAAUAAAAUAUUUUGCAUAAGAA